CCCUCGGAGCCGGCCCCCCGUCGGGUCUUCACUCACAAAUUCGAGCCCGCUCGCCUCGCUCGGCGGACCGACCAUGUCUGGCGGCGCCGCGGAGAAGCCGAGCAGCACUGCGAGUUCCCUGUUCCUCUCGCCGCCGGCCCCGGCCCCCAAGAAUGGCUCCAGCUCCGACUCCUCCGUGGGGGAGAAGCUGGGCUCCGCGGCCACCGAUGCGGCCACCGGCAGGACCGAGGAGUACCGGCGCCGCCGCCACACUAUGGACAAGGACAGCCGCGGGGCCGCGGCGACCACGACCACCACGGAGCACCGCUUCUUCCGCCGCAGCGUCAUUUGCGACUCGAACGCCACGGCGCUGGAGCUGCCCGGCCUCCCUUUCUCGCUGCCCCAGCCCAGCGCCGCCGCGGUGCCCCCGCAGAGCGCGCCCCCGGAGCCCCACCAAUCAGAGUUUUCCGGAGCCAAGAGGUUGGCUACCGGGGAAGGAGUGUGGAAGGUCGUGGGAGUCCGAGCGAGUCCGAGCGCAUUGCCGGUGCCUCCUUGCUGUACUCCAGCGGCCCGCAGGAAACUGGAAUUAGUGGCCACCAUCAUGUGUAGAAUGUCAGCAGCCAAAACAAUAUGCAAAAUUAAAUCCCCUGUAACUCACGAUCGAAAGUUAACAAAAUCUGAGCGGCAAAGAUUUAAAGAAGAGGCUGAAAUGUUAAAGGGUCUUCAACAUCCCAAUAUUGUUCGUUUCUAUGAUUCUUGGGAAUCUACAGUAAAAGGAAAGAAAUGUAUCGUUUUGGUGACUGAACUUAUGACAUCUGGAACACUUAAAACGUACCUGAAAAGGUUCAAGGUGAUGAAGAUCAAAGUUCUAAGAAGCUGGUGCCGUCAGAUCCUUAAAGGACUUCAGUUUCUUCAUACUCGAACUCCACCUAUUAUUCACCGAGAUCUUAAAUGUGACAACAUCUUUAUCACUGGCCCUACCGGCUCAGUCAAGAUUGGAGACCUAGGUCUGGCAACCCUGAAGCGGGCUUCUUUUGCCAAGAGCGUGAUAGGUACCCCAGAGUUCAUGGCUCCCGAGAUGUAUGAGGAGAAAUAUGAUGAAUCAGUUGAUGUUUAUGCUUUUGGGAUGUGCAUGCUUGAGAUGGCUACAUCUGAAUACCCUUACUCAGAAUGCCAAAAUGCUGCGCAGAUCUACCGUCGAGUGACUAGCGGCGUGAAGCCAGCCAGUUUUGACAAAGUAGCAAUUCCUGAAGUGAAGGAAAUUAUUGAAGGAUGCAUUAGACAAAACAAAGAUGAAAGAUACUCUAUCAAAGACCUUUUGAACCAUGCCUUCUUCCAGGAGGAAACAGGGGUACGGGUAGAAUUAGCAGAAGAAGAUGAUGGAGAAAAAAUAGCCAUUAAAUUAUGGCUACGUAUUGAAGAUAUUAAGAAACUAAAGGGGAAAUACAAAGAUAACGAAGCUAUUGAAUUUUCUUUUGACUUGGAGAGAGAUGUGCCAGAGGAUGUUGCUCAAGAAAUGGUAGAAUCUGGGUAUGUCUGUGACGGUGAUCAUAAGACCAUGGCAAAAGCCAUCAAAGAUAGGGUGUCAUUAAUUAAAAGAAAACGAGAGCAACGGCAGCUGGUCCGGGAGGAACAAGAAAAAAGAAAGCAGGAAGAGAGCAGUCUCAAACAGCAGCCAGAACAGCAAUCAAGCGCUUGCCAGGCCGGAGUCAAGCAACUCCCUCCUGCUAGCACUGGCAUACCUACUGCAUCUACCACUUCAACUUCGGUUUCUACACAAGUAGAACCUGAAGAACCUGAGGCAGAUCAGCAUCAACAACUGCAAUACCAACAACCUAGUGUAUCUGUGUUAUCUGACGGGACAGUUGACAGUGGUCAGGGAUCAUCUGUCUUUACAGAAUCUCGAGUGAGCAGCCAGCAGACUGUUUCAUAUGGAUCCCAACAUGAACAGGCACAUUGUACUGGCACAAUCCCAGGGCAUACCGCUUCUGUUGUCCAAGCACAAUCUCAGCCCCAUGGGGUGUAUCCACCCUCAAGUAUGCCUCAGUCCAUGGCGCAUCCGUGUGGGGGGACCCCAACAUACCCAGAAUCACAGAUAUUUUUCCCAACUAUUCAUGAACGUCCAGUUUCUUUUUCACCACCUCCCACCUGCCCACCGAAGGUGGCAAUUUCCCAGCGGCGUAAGAGCACCUCCUUCCUGGAAGCCCAAACACGCCACUUCCAGCCCUUGCUGAGGACUGUUGGCCAAAAUCUUCUUCCACCUGGUGGCAACCCAACUAACUGGACACCAGAGGCCGUAGUUAUGUUGGGUACUACAACCAGUAAAAUUACUGGAGAGCCAUGUGAGAUACAGGCCCAUCCUGUGUUUGAACCAGCUCAAAUUUACAGUGACUAUAGACCUGGACUAGUACUUCCAGAAGAAGCUCACUAUUUUAUUCCUCAGGAAGCAGUGUAUCUAGCUGGGGUACAUUACCAGACACAGGUGACAGAACAGUAUGAGGGUAUUUCGUACAACUCACCAGUACUGUCGAGCCCUAUGAAACAGAUACCUGAACAGAAGCCAGUCCAAAGGGGCCCUACUUCAACUUCUGUCUUUGAAUUUCCAUCUGGACAGGCUUUCCUGGUAGGACACCUUCAGAAUUUAAGAUUAGAUUCUGGAUUGAAUGCAGGAUCUCCCCUCUCUAGUGUUUCUGCACCUAUCAGUACAGAUGCUGCACGUUUGAAAUUUCACCCUAUCUUUGUUCCUCAUUCUGCGCCUGCUGUGUUAACUCAUAACAAUGAGAGCAGAAGCAAUUGUGUAUUUGAGUUUCAUGUUCACACACCAAGCUCCUCUUCAGGAGAAGGAGGAGGAGUUUUACCACAGCGUGUUUACCGAAGUCAACAGGUGGCAGUGGACUUAAAUCAGGAAGAAACACCUCCUCAAUCAGUUGGAUUACCUGGCCGCCUGCAGCCUGUGACUGAAGAACAGCAUAAUUACCAUGCCCCAGAAUUGACUGUUUCUGUGGUAGAGCCUAUCGGACAGAACUGGCCAAUAGGAAGCCCAGAAUAUUCCAGUGAUUCCUCACAAAUUACUUCUUCAGAUCCCAGUGAUUUUCAGUCACCUCCCCCUACAGGGGGUGCAGCAGCACCUUUUGGCUCUGACGUCUCAUUACCCUUUAUCCGUCUGCCUCAGACAGUGUUGCAAGAAUCCCCACUUUUCUUCUGUUUCCCCCAAGGAACCACCUCUCAGCAGGUCUUAUCUACUUCAUUAUCUUCAGGAGGAUCUACACUCCAUCCACAGGCACAGGCGCAAAGCCAGGGUCAACCAUCUUCAAGUAGCUUAACAGGGGUCCCAUCUUCCCAGCCCAUUCAACAUUCUCAUCAGCAGGGGAUACAACAAACAGUCCCUCCUCAACAGACAGUGCAGUAUUCACUUCCACAGACAUCAACCUCUGAGGCCACUCCUGUACAGCCAGUGAGUCAACCUCAAGCUCCACAGGUCUUGCCUCAAGUGUCAGCUGGGAAACAGGGCUUCCCAUCUCGACUACCACCACAGUACCCAGGAGAUUCAAACAUUCCUCCCUCUUCCAGCGUGGCUUCUGCUUGCAACCCUGCUACACUCUUAUCCCCUCCCAUGCCAACAGAAGCCUUGGCUACACCAGGUUACUUUCCUGCAGUGGUGCAGCCUUAUGUUGAAUCAAAUCUUUUGGUUCCUAUGGGCAGUAUAGGAGGACAGGUUCAAGUGACUCAACCAGCAGUGAGUUUAGCACAACAAGCCCCCACAACAUCCUCCCAGCAAGCCGCUCUGGAGAGUACUCAGGGAGUCUCUCAGAUUACUCCUUCAGAGCCAAUUCCAAUAGCACAGCCACAGCCUACCCAGCCUACUGCUUUGGUCUCUUCUUUAGACAGUGCACAUUCAGAUGUUGCUUCAGGUAUGAGUGAUGGCAAUGACAAUGUCCCAUCAUCCAGUGGAAGACACGAAGGCAGAACUACUAAACGACAUUAUCGAAAAUCUGUAAGAAGUCGCUCUCGUCAUGAAAAGACUUCACGUCCAAAAUUGAGAAUUUUGAAUGUUUCAAAUAAAGGAGACCGGGUAGUAGAAUGUCAGUUAGAGACUCACAAUAGGAAAAUGGUUACAUUCAAAUUUGAUUUAGAUGGUGACAACCCUGAGGAGAUAGCAACAAUUAUGGUGAAUAACGACUUUAUUUUAGCAACCGAGAGAGAUUCAUUUGUGGAUCAAGUGCGGGAAAUUAUUGAAAAAGCUGAUGAAAUGCUCAGUGAGGAUGUCAGCGUGGAACCAGAGGGUGACCAAGGGCUAGAAAGUCUUCAGGGAAAAGAUGACUAUGGCUUUUCAGGUUCUCAAAAGCUGGAAGGAGAAUUCAAACAACCAAUUCCUGCAUCUUCUCCACCACAGCAAAUAGGCAUUACUACUAGUUCUUUAACUCAAGUUGUUCAUUCUGCUGGGAGACGGUUUAUAGUGAGUCCUGUGCCAGAAAGUCGAUUACGAGAAUCAAAAAUUUUCAACAGUGAGAUAUCAGAUACAGUUGCUGCUUCAACACCUGGAAUGAACUUGUCUCACUCUGCUUCAUCCCUUAGUCUGCAGCAAGCUUUUUCUGAACUUAGGCAUACCCAAAUGACAGAAGGACCCAAUACAGCACCUCCCAAUUUUAGUCAGACAGGACCAACAUUUCCAGUAGUACCUCCUUCAGCAAUGAGUAAUAUUGCUGGAGCUCCAACUCCAACAGCAGCCACAUCUUCAGUAUUAGUCCCUGCAACUGGCAGCCCUCUUAGUGACAUGUCCACAUCAGUAAAUCAAUCUGAUAUUACAGUACCCAAUGAAAAAGGGGUUGCUGGGGCUGCCACCAGCACAUGUGUAAUAACUUCAAGUGGUCUUCUUAUACCACCUGCAUCUGAAUCACCAGUACUUUCCAGUGUGGUAACAAGCAUCACAGUACCUGCAGUUGUCUCAGUAUCAACAUCCAAAUCAGUUCAGGCUCCCAUAUCUGGGACCAUUGUUUCUAGUAUAGGCACUUACCCCUCUGUACAAGUUUCAACACCGUCAGCCUCUGCAGUGGGCAGUGCUGCUGCCCCAGGUGCUAAGCCUCCACCUGUAUUAUCUCAGCAGACAGCAGGCACUACGACUGGGGGAGCCACAUUACCUUCUGUUUCAACCACCACUUCAUUUCCAUCCCUUCAGCUUAGCAGCAGUAACUCUGCUCCUACUCUAGCUGAAACAGUGGUUGUUAGUGCACACUCACUUGAUAAAACAUCUCAUAGCAGUACAACUGGAUUGGCUUUGACCCUCUCAGCAACAUCUUCCUCUUCCCCUGGAGCAGGAGUAACUAGUUCUGUUUCUCAGCCCGGCGGAUUACAUCCCUUGGUCAUCCCACCAAAUAUAGGUUCUGCUCCUGCUCUUCCCCAAGCAGCAGGACCUACUUCUACACCAUUAUUACCCCAAGUACCUAGUAUCCCACCUAUGGUACAACCUGUUGCCAAUGUGCCUGCUGUACAGCAGACACUAAUUCAUAGUCAGCCUCAACCAGCUUUGCUUCCCAACCAGCCCCAUAUGCAUUGUCCUGAAAUGGAUGCUGAUAUACAACCCAAAGCUCCUGGGAUAGAUGAUAUAAAGACUCUGGAGGAAAAACUGCGAUCUCUCUUUAGUGAACAUGGUUCAUCUGGAGCUCAGCAUGCCCCGGUGUCACUAGAAACAUCACUGGUAGUAGAGACCACUGUCACACCAGGCAUCCCAACCACUGCUGUUGCACCAAGCAAACUCAUGACGUCCACUACAAGUACUUGCUUACCACCAACCAGUUUGCCAAUAGGAACAACUGGUUUGCCAGCAAUACCAGUGGUCACACCUGGGCAAGUUUCAACACCAGUGAGUUAUGUUUCGGCCUCAGUCAGCACUGCACCAGGAAUGAAGCCCGGAACUGUUCCAGCAAAGCCACCUUUAACUAAGACUCCAGUGCUGCCAGUAGGUACUGAACCUCCAGCUGGUACUCCACCCAGCGAGCAGCCGCCACCUUUCCCAGGACCUUCACUAACUCAGUCCCAGCAACCUUUAGAAGAUCUUGACGCUCAGUUGAGAAGAACACUUAGUCCAGAAACUGUUGCAGUGACAUCUGCAGUUGGUCCUGUGUCCAUGGUGACUUCAACAGCAGUUACAGAAGCAGGAGCACAGCCUCAGAGGGAUGUUCCUCAAGCCACAGAAGGCCCUGUCCUCACAACUAGUUCAGGAGCUGGUGUUUUUAAGAUGGGGAGAUUUCAAGUUUCAGUAACAGCGGAUGAUGCUCAGAGAGAGGGUAAAAAUAAGUCAGAAGAUGCAAAGUCUGUUCAUUUUGAAUCCAGCACUUCAGAGUCCUCAGUGCUAUCAAGUAGUAGUCCAGAGAGUACUCUUGUGAAGCCAGAGCCUAAUGGAAUGACCAUCCAUGGCAUUUCUUCAGAUAUGCCAGAUGGUGCCCACAAAAUUCCUGUUGCAGAAACAGGUCAGCCUACCAAGGUUGGACGUUUUCAGGUGACAACUACAGCAAAUAAAGUUGGUCGUUUCUCUGUAUCAAGAACUGAAGACAAGAUGGCUGAGGCAAAGAGAGAGGGACCAGUGGCAACUCCUCCUUUAAUGGAUUUAGAGCAAACUGUUCUUCCUGCUGUGAUACCAAAGAAAGAAAAGCCUGAACUCUCUGAGCCUUCACAUCUCAAUGGGCCGUCUUCUGACCUGGAGGCUGCCUUCCUAAGUAGGGAUGUGGAUGAUGGUUCAGGUAGUCCACACUCCCCCCAGCAGUUGUGCUCAAAGAGCCUUCCUAUCCAGAAUCUAAGUCAAAGCCUUAGUAAUUCGUUCAACUCCUCGUAUAUGAGUAGUGACAAUGAGUCAGAUAUUGAAGAUGAAGACUUAAAGUUAGAGCUGCGACGACUACGAGAAAAACACCUUAAAGAGAUUCAAGACCUACAGAGUCGCCAGAAACAUGAAAUUGAAUCUUUGUAUACCAAACUGGGCAAGGUUCCCCCUGCUGUCAUUAUUCCCCCAGCUGCUCCCCUUUCCGGGAGAAGAAGGCGACCCACUAAAAGCAAAGGCAGCAAAUCUAGUCGCAGCAGUUCUUUGGGGAAUAAAAGCCCCCAGCUUUCAGGUAACAUUACUGGUCAGAGUGCAUCUUCAGUCUUGCACCCUCAACAGACCCUCCACCCACCUGGGAAUAUCCCAGAAACUGGGCAGAAUCAACUGUUACAGCCCCUUAAGCCAUCUCCCUCCAGUGACAACCUCUAUUCAGCUUUUACCAGUGAUGGUGCCAUUUCAGUACCAAGCCUUUCUGCUCCAGGUCAAGGGACGAGUAGCACAAACACUGUUGGGGGAACAGUGAACAGCCAAGCUGCCCAAGCUCAGCCUCCUGCCAUGACAUCCAGCAGGAAAGGCACAUUCACAGAUGACCUGCACAAGUUGGUAGACAAUUGGGCCCGAGAUGCCAUGAACCUUUCAGGCAGGAGAGGAAGCAAAGGACACAUGAAUUAUGAGGGCCCUGGAAUGGCAAGGAAGUUUUCUGCACCUGGUCAGCUGUGUACCUCCAUGACCUCAAACCUGGGUGGCUCUGCCCCCAUCUCUGCAGCAUCAGCUACCUCUCUAGGUCACUUCACCAAGUCUAUGUGCCCCCCACAGCAGUACGGUUUUCCAGCUCCCCCCUUUAGCACUCAGUGGAGCGGAACAGGUGGCCCAGCACCACAGCCACUUGGUCAGUUCCAGCCUGUGGGAACUGCCUCCUUACAGAAUUUCAACAUCAGCAAUUUGCAGAAAUCCAUCAGCAACCCCCCAGGUUCCAACCUGAGGACCACUUAGACCUAGAGACAUUAACCAAGUAGAUUUGGGGGCAGGAGAUGGAAUGCUGGGGGGUGGGGGAGGGGGACAGGGGAUGGGAAAGUAGCCUAUAUACUAACUACUAGUGCUGCAUUUAACUGGUUAUUUCUUGCCAGAAAGGAAUGUUUUCAAUAUCGCUUAGAACCCUCAGAAUGGAGAACCUCCCUCCCGUCACCAUUUAUUGGAGUGGGACAAGAAGGGAAGAGCAGCUUUCUUGUGGUGGGGCAGCUUCAAACUAUGCUUUUCUAUUUAUCUAUACCCAACAUCAAAGGCUGGGGAAGAGAAUUGUGUUUAUUAGAAAGCUACCAGAGAGCUCAAUGGAAAACCAUACCCCUCUAUAAUUUUCAAGUGGGUGGAGCUCUGAGUUUUGGUACCCACCCCAAAUCCCUUAUUCCCUCAAAAAUCUGUACCACAAGACAAAAAUCUAUUGGGCUUUUUCCUACCUAACCCUCCCCCCCUUUUUUUGCUCUUUCCCUUUUUGGUUUUUUUUGUUUUGUUUUGUUUUUUAAUUUUCUUUAGAACCCAGUGAAAAACACCAGGGGACUGAGGUUUCAACCUUUUCUUAUGAUAGGUCAUUAGUGCUUUUAAGCAAGCAACAUUAGCAGCUUUGACUGCAGCAUUAGCAAUUAGGAAAAAAAAUUAAGUUCCCUGCGGACAUGUAACUUUGCCAUCAGUUUUGAUGUGGAAACACUGUGAUAUAUAAAUGUUGUUGGACAACAGUAGUUUUAAGAGUAAAAUAUGAAAGGUUUAAAAAGUUGAAAAAAAAACUAGCUCUGUCCUUUACUUAUUGAGACACUUUAACUUUUCCUUUGUAUUUCCAUUGUAUUAGAUAAUAAAUGUGAAUGUAAAAUUGUAUAAAUUACUGUACUUGAAUACUUCUGUUCUCCCAGUAUUGCUUGCUGGAUAUUUUAGUGCCUUGGACUUCUAUUGCUUCUGCCAUUAGCAUCAAAUUCUCAUCAGACCCCAGAAAGCAAAGGGCAUGUGGUCUAUGUGACCCCAGCAGUGGAUUAUACCAAAGGGAAAUUGAAAGUUUUGGUUGUUUUUAUUUUUGUUUUUGUUUUUAAGUCAUUCAACAAUUUUGUCUAGAGCAGGUGUUAAGGUGUAUAGGGUGAGAAGUUAAGUUGACAUCAGUGGUUUGAAAGCAGAAAGUUCUAUUCCAGAACAGAGAGGGGUGUGGUGACAAAAUCAGGCAGUUUAAUAAAAGGGUGGUGUGUGAUAAGUGAAAAGAAAAAGACUAAGGGAUGGGAGAACAGACUUGCUUUGAAGAUAUGUGAUGCCUGGCCAAUGGUUGCCAGAAAUCUUACUUGAGCUGGGCUUUAACACAGAUGUGACCUAGAAGGAAUGACUGAGUGAAUAUAAAGGGAAAGGGGUGGGGGAUAGUAUUUACGAUGGGAAACGUGAUAGUGAAAAGUCAUAGAUGGAGAAAGUUGCUCUACAAAAAACUGGAUUCAUUUCCUCUUGUUAAACAUGUACCAUGCAUUUCUCAGCUUGGGGUAUCUUAUUUUGUGGAAAGUGGACUCACAUCUGAAUUAAGCAUUAUAGGGAAGAAUGCUUAUUCUACUUAUUUCCUAUAUGAUAUCCAAAGUUGCAGGAUCAUAAUCUCUUGUGCCACCUCUAUUUCUAGAAUUACAGCUCAUACUUUCACAUUUUCAUAUAAACAACUAUUCCCCUUAGAUAGUAACUGCAACCAACCAGUAUUAUGUAGUACAGUGCCUAGUUGUAAUGGGCAGUUCUGUUAUUUUCAGAGCUUUCAGGAUAUAUCCUCCUAAUGGGCUAAGAUUGGGAUCUUUAUUAUCUCUGAAGAUUGGAAAAGAUUUACUUUUGGGUGCUUCUUCUCUUGACUCUUGAGUUGGGAAAUUGACAUAUUUCCAACCUCUUACCCACCUCAACAGUACAUCCCAGGAUUCACCACAUUAGGAAGAGCCUGGCUGGCUAUCCUGUCCUACGUUGUUCCUUUAAGAUAGCCUCGGUCCCAUGAUGCAAAUGAAAGCUGAAGGUUUUAGGAAGUAAAAAUGAAAAGGGCAGGGAUUCCAAGCCCUGCUUCAAAGUUGUUUACUUAUUUAUUCUCUGCUUACCAUUUUUGGGGAGACUUAAGGAUAGCACAAAGAAGGUGCCAAGUAAUUGAGAACAGACCGCUUAAACAACACUUUUUACAGAGGAACGAGGGAGCCAAAUGCAGCACAUUUGUCAUUUUGUUGUUUUGGUUUAAUAAUUUUGAGGUCUCUUCUCUCACACACAGAAAGAACUGGUUUUAUUUACUGUUGAUUUUUUUUUUCCCUCCUGUGGAUGAAAUAAUUGAAGCCUAGAGGAAUGAACUAGUGCUACUGAACUGUUUAAAUUAUUUGUGUUAAUAGUACACUUUGAGUAUCUUUUUCCACAUUAAAGAAAUCUUUCUGAAUUAUAAUGUUUUCCUUACAUUAUUUAACAAUGUACACUGUUUAAAAAAAAAUAAACAAUUCAAACCUUGGGGGUUUCUCAGCAGCCGUUAAUUGUACAUUUUGCACUAACUCUGGGUGUUGCGCUUCUUGUAAGAUUGCGCUUUGUGCUGCAGUUUGUUACCUUUGUAGACUUAUUUAAUGAGACCAUUCAAAUAAACCAAACUUGCUUUUGUUGA